AAUGGCUUCGGCAUUUCCAAAAUUACCAGGUUUUGUGCCAACAUAAGAAUUGGAUGUAUAUUUAACAUUAAUCCAAGAAACCCAACUUUAGAAAGGUGUCUUCUGUGAAAUAGGAAUAAAAUCGAGAAAUAGUAACAAUUGAAGUUUUACAAUAUAUAGAAGCAACUGCCAAAUAAAGAAUACCCUGUCCCCAGAAAAUAGCCUGUUCAAAUUCCUCCUUAAUCAGGAAUGUUUAAUCCAGAUUACUUAAGUACAACACACGCAAUGCAUAUGCCAAAGGUACUUAGAUUAAAACAGUAUAAUGAGAAUGUGGCAAAUGAUUCCGAAGAGCUCUAUUAACCAAGUUGGGUUAAGAUGGACAGACAUGUUCUGAGAUUCAGCGGUUAUUUUAAGGAGGCAGUCGUGGAAUCAGCCCUAGAGAAUUACAGAAUUCGCAAAAUAACAAUCUUUUACUAUUUAGAAGAUCACUCCUUGAGUAUCACAGAGCCAAAACAAGAAAACAGUGGAGUUCCUCAGGGAGCUUUUUUGAAAAGACAAAAAGUAGCAGUACAUCAAUAUUCUAAAGGUGUUAAGAGCUGAUGGUUCAAAGACAUUUAUUAUACCAGAAGAUUUUAGAAUCAACCAAGACAUUGAAAUAUUUGGUAAAACAAUUAGACUAUACGAUUGCGAUUAAUAUACAAGAGAAUUUUAUGAGGUUUCAAUCCGCUUAAUGCUAUUAGGGAAUUGGUCAAUAAUAAGCCUCAUCAUUCAAUCCGGGAUGUGAUUCCUUUGAGACUAAAACGAUGACUAAGUAUGUACCCCAGAAAGACACAGUGAUGAAGGAUUAUCUUGAACAUAAAUUGGGUGGUGGCAAAGUAACAUCAUAAAAACAAUUCUUAGAAAAUGACAGAAAGGUAAAUUGAUGACUUAUAUGUAGGUGCUUAAAUUCUAUGUGUUCUCAGAUAUAGAUUACGUGUUACAUUAUUAUUUGGCUGAUGAUACCAUUGAAAUUAAAGAGAUCAAUUCAGCCAAUUCUGGUAGAGUUCCAUUCCCAAUGAUGUUGAGAAGACAAAAGUUGCCUCGUAAAUUCUCACUCAAUCAACCUGGAUAAACUUAUGCGGAAGACUUUAUCAGACCACAAGAUAUUCAAUUUGGAUAGCCAUUAAUAAUUUACAACAGAAAGUUUUUCAUUAAGGGAUGUGAUCCAUUUACAAGAUAUUACUAUCAAGAAAAGUUUAAUGUAGAUUUUCCAUUGGGGGGCCAAGAAGAAUACCAAUAAGAACAGAAAUCAAGUAAUUAUCCACUCUAUUUCAGAUAUCAUUAUACCCCCACACAAUGGCAUAGGAGACGAGUAGGAUUCAUUGGGUUAUAUCUACAGACUUUAACCAAAACCUCCAAAAAAGGAUUUCUUCAAAUGGGUUGACAAUCAAGUAAAUUUAAGAUUUCUGGCUAUGUUUAAUACAACCAAACCAGAGGAUAAAGACAGGUACGAAAUGCUAAAGAUAUCAAUUUAGAGUAUUUGUUAUAACAUACUUCUUGAAUGAUGACAGUCUAUUGGUUUAUGAGCCAACUGUAAGAAACUCAGGAAUCCCUGAUGGCAAGUUUUUAGAGAAAAGAAAAUACAAGAAUGUUAACAAUAAUAAUGAAUAUUUUAUUCCUCAAGAUUUAAUUGUAGGAAACGAAGUUGUGAUCAAUGGGUGGAGAUUUCAGUUGCUUGAUUGCGAUGAAUUCACUAAAAAGUGGUAUGCUGAAAAUUUUAAAUGA